UGCUUCUAAAGUGAAAGUAGCUGAGGGAGGGCAGCUGUGCAGGUCUCUUCGGCUGUCUGGGCUCUUAGUUUACACUGCAGCGUUCGUUCAUCACAAAGGCGGACAGAGAAAUACAUUGUGACACACAGAAGGAGCGGGAGAAAAGAACAGGAGUGGAGCUAGAGACUAGAUAGCUGAGAGAGUGAAGACUGAGCUGGAAGCCUGGUAAGAGAAGUUGUUUUGUGUCAGGCAAGGAGGCAGACAGACAGGCGGGCGAAGCAGCUUGAGAAGCAGCAGUCGUUGCAGUGGGAGCUGUUCCCCAGCAGAGCAGCAGAAAAGUGGGGGAUGGGGCACUGUCCAACAAAGAGAAUUUGAAAAAACGAAAGAGAAAUUCAUGGCAAAGAGCGCGGCUUAAUCCUAUGUGGGAACAAGCAGGCACAGCGUGACUAAGCUGUGUGUGUGUCUAUGUGUACAGACGGGAAACUUUGUAAAAGGCGAGGAAGAGGAGGAAUAAGAUUAGAACAGUCAGGGUGAAGACAGACACAAGACACAAAACAACCAAGCCAGCUGCCUAAAACUGAUAAAUCUCCCCCACAAAGCUGCAGCUGUGGAAAUCUGCUGAUCUGCUGAGUGGUUCUGAGGAAUUAGAGCUCUGCGUUGUGGUCGCGUGCUCCACACUGACAGCGCUGGGGGGAACCCGAUGGACGGCAUGGUGGAGCUAGAUAAGGAGGAGCUGCAGAACGAUGGGACAUGCGAUGCCUGUGAGCCAGAUGAGGCCCAGCCAGCUGUUAAAAUAUGCCACUUUUGCAACUUUGCCUUCUGCAAUGCGCAUGCGGACAAGCACCUCCAGAGCACCAGGCACGAUCUGGAGCCAUACCUGCCAGAAGAGAAGGCCAAGGAGGGACAAGGAGCUCAAGGAGGGAAGGAGGUGGAUGGUGUCCCAGGGAUAGAGGAAGGAGCGAUGGGAGGAGAGGUGGCUGAGAACGGAAAAGCGAGGGACAGUGUCACAGUGGAGAGGCUGCGAUGCAAGGAGCACGGCCAGGAGGGGACGCUGUACUGCAGGCUUGAUGAGAAGAUCAUCUGUGUGGUGUGUGCUGUUCAGGGGUCUCAUGCAGGCCAUGAGGUCAUAACCCUGAGGGAUGCAUACGUGUGGCAGAAAAGUAAGGAACCAGUAGACAUCCUGGCCCAGACUAUGGAGAUGGCCGAGAAGCUGAAGUCCAGAUGGAACUGUCCUAAUAUGAGCACAGCUGAGCUGGAGGCUUAUGUAAACGAGCAGUUUGACGAGCUGCACCAGCUGGUCCGGCAGGAGGAGAAGCGCACGCUACACCUGGUGGACCUAAAAGAGGCCUUCCUGACCGCGCAGGCAGCAGAGAAGAUAGCAGAGAUCACCGUGCACACUGAGAAGUUACAAGAAGAGAUGGCCUCCAUCACCAAGCAGCUGGGUGCCCUGGACCAUGGAGAGGAGAGCAACCCCUUGGAAACAGAAGCCCAUCCAAGACCUGAACCCAGACAAGACCCACCAGGAGAAAAUGGAGAAAGCAGUACUGGAUCCUUCAUGGGACAUGCCCCUUGACCACAAGAUACCCCUCUUCUACCCCAGAUCCAGAAACAAUCUCAGUAUUGUUCUCUCUGCCUUUUCUGAAAUGACUACAAGGCCCUAAAGCCCAAUAUAUUUUCAUGGCACUUCAUCCUGUGUGGCAGUAGUUGAUAAUAUGGUAUCUUCUUCUGGACGUAACUGUCUGUGUUUUCUUAAAAGUACCUGUGCAGCCUAUGUUCCCUUUUUCUUCCAUUUAAGGUCUCCUACAUUACAAGAAAAUGACCAAAAUUACCAAACAUUCUGUGUAACUAGUUACGGCAAUAAAGUUUUGAACUUGAAGAAGCAUGAGUCAUCCCAUGCUCUAGGGCAAAGCUCGGCCUAGACCAGCUGAGCUACGAUUCUAUUGGUUUUAUAUCUUAGCUAUAAAAGGUUUUAUAGCUUUAAAUGUUAUCCAAUGGAGGCUUAAAAUUGAGAAAUUUAAAACUAUAAUAAUUGAACAAACAACUGGUUCUAUUAGUCCAUUCAGAACUUCGCUGGGAUAGAGCAUAGAUGUCUGGUCCAAAACCAGAAAUGAGACAAAAUUCUCUGUUCGUGUAAGAGUCGAUAUCAUCAGGCACUUGUGUGUCUCACAGUUCAUUCAGAGCACAGCUUGCAUGUACAAGGCCAGCUGGCUUAAUAAUUAAGAUAAAGAACUUAAACCAAGAGAACCUGAGCUGCAGCUCUGCAGCUCUUUCACAAUUUUUUGCCUUAAUCAGGAAAUCUCCUUGUGAAUCCCAAUGUACAGUAGAAUAGACACAACAUUAUCUAGAGUAAGUGACUUUGGUAGAGUGAUUUGAUUUCUUGCUGUAUACAGUACAUCAUUGCACUAACAUUUGCAGAUUACUUUGAAGACAGGUUUCAGCUAAAUGACUAAUUGUUAUUCAGCCCUGUGCCUUGAGCUUUGUUCUCUGGUGGUCUGACCACACUAUCUUUCUGUCCCUAGCAAAUCACGUCUCUCUUUCUAUCAGAUGGUUGUAUGUUACAAAAUUGGAACUGUUAUCUGUUCUGCAUGGUGGUUACCAGUGCAGCAUCACAGCUCCCGGGUCCUGGGUUCUGUUCUCCCAAUGCUUGUGUUGGUUCUUUUUCCAGAUGUGCAAAUUUCCUUCUGACUUCCAAAACAUGCCGGCUACACUAAUUGGUGUUUCUAAACUGUAACAGAGUAAGUAUAGCUUGUCUUAGAACAGUAUUUCUGCCUUACACCUUAUGUCUUUUGUCUGCCAGAAGAGGCACUGGCUCACUCUGACAAUCUGUAGAAUGAAACAGGUUGUGUGCAAGAUGUUUUUGAUCUGUAAAGUGGUAAUGUACUGUAUUUUUUCUACAAGUGUGGUAAUGUUUUGCAACUAUAUUGCUAUCAUGCAAGUGUUUAGCUGUGGUUACAUUUUUGAAAGUUAGAUUUCAACACAUUAUUGAGUGAAAAGUGUAAGUAUAGGGACAGUUACAUGAAAUCUGUCAUUUUUACUGUGUACAAAUACAAUUUGUUUUUUGAAGAAUAUUAAUACAUGGCAAAACUAUAGAAUUUCAACUUUUUUCUGAAGUAUUAAAUUAAACUAAAGUUGGUGUUUUGCCUCAGACCCCUCAAUCCAUGACUACUUCAAGUCUAUGAGCCAUUGACAUACAGUAGCAGAUUUUAGAUAUUCCUUUGAAAUCAUCAGUUACAUCAUCAAUAAAGAUCAGUGAGCCAGUUACAGAGGCAGCCAUGUGUCCUCAUAACCCUGACCCCACCUCCACUGUGCUACACAGAUGAAGUAGUGCACUUAGUAUCAUUUGCAGUUCCUCUCUUUCUGUCACUUUGAUAAAGGAUCAUUUUAGUCUCAUCUGUGCAUAAAACCUUGUUCCAGAACUGUUGUGGUUCAUCUGUGUCCUUCUUUGCAAAUUAAAAUCUGGGCUUUCUGUUCUUAGUGGUGAUGAGAGGUGUGUGUCUUUCAGUGUUGCCCUAAUAAUUCUCCUGUCGAAGUUUUCUGGGCAUAGUGAACUGAGAAACGUUCACACCUGCACUCUGGAGGUUGUCUGCAAUCUCUGUGGCUGUUACUUAAGGGUCUUUAUUCACAUUUCUAAUGAUUUUUCUGUCAUCACCUGCUGCCUUACUCCUUCAACAGGCUGGUUUUUGCCAGUUGCUCAUUCCUCCAAGAGUUUGCAGUAUGCAUAUUUAUUAUUGCAUUCAGCCCUAUUUCAUUAAUUUGUUAGUUUGUUAGAAAGUAGUUUUUCAAAUUUCAACUUCAUUGUUGGAUUUUGAGGAUAUUGGAGAUCACACGAUGUGCAAUAUGUUGUGAAGCAAUUAAAACAACAAAUGUUGAAAUACAAUAGAAAAUUCGCUUUUCCAGGGCUGUGUCAAAAAUAGCCAGAGGAUUCGAUCUAAAACACAAAGUUCUUUAACACAGAGACAAAUGUCACGUUUCACUUCACUGUGCCAAUACCUAUGCUUUUCACCGUAUGGUAUCAGAAAGAAAAUUAUAUAUAUGGUCCGGUUAGAAAAAAAAUGAUGGAAUGUUUAGUUAAUGUACGCUGUUAUGUGAGAUGAUAUUUACUGGCUUGCAAGAAUUUCACAACAAAUGAAAAAUAUCUAAAUAGGACUUGGAUUCAGUCAAAGAAUGAAAUAAGCUCCCUUUGUCACAUUUGCAAGUUAAGUGAUUACAGUGUUACAAAGCAAAUAGCCCAGUGGAGGAUUGAAGUUCCUUGUAUCAAACCCUUGGUGUCCUAGUAAUAACAGGACCUUUGUGUAGAGUAAACUUGUAAUCAUGAAAGACCUUAGGAAAUGUGUGAAAUUAAUUAAAAUUUGUAUUAGUCUUUCCUCUUUGAAAGUCUAGACAAAGCAAAAAAAAAGACUGAACUAUUUCCAAUACCAUAAAUGAUCCUAUUAAAAAUACUCACAGAGGAAUUUUCAAAGCCCCUCCCAAUUUUCAUCAUAAAAGCUCAAAGCUACAAAGUCAGUGUGACAAAACAAAAACUUGAAGAAUAUGUAUUUUUAUUGAGACGAAUAUGAAAUGUAAUCUGGAUGUUAUGUGGAGGUAAUGUAAUAUACAGUAGGCUUUGGAAUUAAUGACCACCCUGUUGUCUUCCCUCUUGCAAUUUGAUUUCUGGUGGACGUCUCUUUUUAAUCUAAAACCAAAAAACUUGGCCUCCUGACAGAAAAUGGACGUUACCUUUUAUAUCUUGAAUUAUCUUGGAAACUAAACACAGUACAGACCUGAUUGGGGUCUUGAAUUAAAGAGAGCUCCUUGGGCACCCUGUCUGAACCUUUUGAUGUUUUAUAUGUCUUUCUUAGUAAACACUUUAGAAAGAAAUAUCCAGAAUAAAAAUGUCAGAAAACACAGAUGCAAUUUAUUGUCUUUCUUCAAAAGUCCAUUUUCCAAGUUGUGGAACAUUUAGGAUGUCAAUUUCCUUUUCUAGGCCUUCUUUAAAAUACCAACUAUCAUAGAAAAAAAUAAAAACUUAAAAAUGAAUGUGAUUGAAGAAGUACAGUAUAAAAAAUGCAUGAUUUUUUUUUUAUGAAGACAGGCCAUUAAUCGGUUUUCUCAGCCUUCCAAAAAUGUAAAAUAAUGAAAAGAAAGAAAAGAAGAAAUUACUACUGUAGUAGUUUAAUAAUGCCAGCCCAUCUUAUAAUGUUUAGUUGUUUUUACUGUAAGUGUUUUUACACGUUUUUAAACUUUUUUGCACUCAUCUGGUAUUUUUGGGCUUAUGCAGUACUCCCUACAUAAUAAACAAGUUUAGUAAAAUAAAAAAAAACUAUGCAUGCAUGCUAUAGAAACGAGGGUUUAAGUCUGUGAAUGGUCAGAAUUCACUGAAUGAAAGCUAUUUUUACCUAUCAGAUGAGCUUUUUCUAGAGCCAGUCGAUUUGAACUUAUAGGGCUUCAGCAGCUAUCUUUGUUGCAGAAUGUUUUGUUUUUAUGAACUCAUUAAUUUUCAUAGUAAAAAAGUAAAAUAAAUGCUCUUUCUCAAGGUAAGGUAAAAUGUCCUUUAUGCAUGUUAGCGAAGGUUUACUUUUGCAAUUAUGUUUUACUGGAGAACCGGUAAAUUAGACAUGUAUUUGCCUGCUUCUCUAAACUGAAAUGCCAGAUGAAUAUAACUAUGAAAAAGGUUCAUUUGAUUUGUGCUGAUGUAUCUAGUUCUGAAACAAAAUUAUGAAAAGCUCAGGUUGUCUUGUAUUUCGUGAUGUAUAGUAUGUGAUGUUGUAUUUUGAUUUUGCUAGUAAAAAUAUAUAUUAUUCGACCAAUGUGCAGCUUCUGUCUAAAGUGCUUUUGUCAGGAUUACACAAUUCAUUUGUUUGUUUAUUACGAAAUAGUUUCAAUGCAGUGAAAACAAACUUAAAGAUUGUGUACAGAGGAUAUUGGACAAAAAUUGUAUUUGCUAUAUUUUGAGAAAGGUUAAAAAAUGUUGUUUUUGGAUAUGAAAAGUGUAGCAUUGAAAGCAAAUACGCACACAUAGAUGGAUAUGCCUAGCUAGGGCAGAUAAUAUUUAAAACUUUCUGGCUUACAGCAAGUCCUAUGUUUUACAACAAUAUUAAUCAGGCUGUUGUGUUGGCUUGGAAUUUUAUUCUUUCUGUUUACUGUUGCUCCCUGGCUGUUCGCUGUAAACACAUUCAUUAAAAACUAGUGCAAUUUA